ACUGUCUGAAGUUAGAGGCGCUGUCCAUGGUGCUUAAUCCGUCCCCGUCCCCCCAACUCACUGCAGCGCGUACAGAGAAGACGCCUUUUUGCAACCUGAUGCUCGAUGGUUUAAGACAGAAUAUGGGAAUCUACGGUCACGCACGGAAAGCAAUGGACGGAUGACUUGUGGAAUCCGGGCGACAAUGAAGACGCAAGGUGUUUGGCUCGUUACGCACUUUGACAUUGUAUCUGUUUAUUGACCCGCGUUCAAUGAAGACCACGCACUGAUGUUGUUACGAUGAACUACGGACAUUGAGCCAGUCUUCAAGCGUAAGAAUCGUUUUUGAACUUACAGAGAAUCCCCAAUAUCCCGCUGCUUCUGCUGCUGCUGCUGCUGCCGCCGGAGACAUGGCACGUCUGUUUGUUUGGAUCAACUCUACGAUCCUGUUGCUUUUUGUCACCGAUGUGUUCUUGGUGGGAGCAAAUCGGCCCCCAGCUCCCGUCAAUGUGUCCGUCAUGCACCUACGGUCCGACUCCGCGACUGUGUCCUGGGACGUUCCAGAGGGAGACACAAUUAUCGGCUUCUCCAUCUCUCAGCAAAGGCAGGAUGGGCACAUGCAGCGCUUCAUUCGGGAGGUAAACACCACCAGUCGCACCUGUGUGCUUUGGGACCUGGAGGAGGAGACAGACUACAUAAUCCAGGUGCAGUCCAUCGGCCUGUACGGAGAGAGCCAGGCCAGCAAGAAGGUCCACUUCCGCACGCUCAAGAAGACUGACCGCUUCCCAUCCAACAGCUCCAAUCAAGAUGACCCCACAGUGCAGGGCCUGGACAAGUCAAGACACCUCCAAACCGGAGAGAUGAUCAUUAUUGUGGUGGUUCUGGUCAUGUGGGCGGCUGUGAUUGCCCUCUUCUGUCGUCAGUAUGACAUCAUCAAGGACAAUGACUCCAGCAAUAACAAAGAGAAGGCCAAGCCAUCGUCUGAGCACAGCACGCCCGAACACCACAGCGGGGGCCUACUCCGGAGCAAGUUCCAUCCUUCAGUACCUUCUAUCAACAUUAUUGAAGUCUGAAAAGUCCCGUCCUGUGCCACUGCGCCAAAGCCUUCUGAGUGAAAAGAAAUAAAAGACUGUGGCAUGUACGGUCGCCAUUGCAGCAGAUCAACCGAUGAACGUGGAUGUCUUUGCCAGGUGCUUUGUACAUUUCUGCAAUACAAGACACACCUGUCAUCUCUGGGAGGCCUGGUUGUAAAUACGCAGUGUAUUUUUGAUAACUGCAUGUGCUACGAUAUUAGCAAAUAGAAGUGAUUUAGCUAAUAGCCCGUGUCUUCUGUUGUGUAUAUUGCUUCCUAUGACAGAUGUAUAUUAGCUGAUAAUUGGACAGCAAAAUAAUGUAAUAUAUUAGGUUACAGUCAUUUCAGAUGAUCAAUGUAAGGGCACUUUUUUAAGAGUUAAGGUGUUGUUUCUCACACUCAGUUGUAUAUAUUGUCAUACCGCUUAUUUAUUUAAUUUCACCAAAUGAAGCUGCAUGCAAUUUAGAGGUUGAUGUGUACACAAAGUUAGAGGACAAAAGUAUUGCAGUACUGUGAUAUCAUCAUCAUCAUCACUUUCCCCUUAAGGUUAUAUUAGACUUCACACUUGUAAAUAAGAUAAGGUGUUCAGGGCAGUAUGAUCAGCCAUGUAGUGGUGUAGAGAGACAGUAAUGAGGAGGAAAAGCCCAGAGUGAACCUGAUGUUUUUAUUAUUACAUAAGGAGGGAUAGAUAUUAUUAUGUAUUUUAGUUGGUGAAAAGGAAGAUUAAGUUGCAGGGGUGUGUCCAGAUUUAAUUUGUUUAUGGUCACAUCUGUAAAAAAUCUGAAUUUUAAAUUUCAGUAUUCUGGUGAACAGUUAUGCAUCAGUUUAUCUCGUUAGACAUGCCUCUGUACUUGCCUGACCAGCCAGUCCCUUCUACACUCUGUCUUUGUAAUGUAUUGUCAAAGCAUGUGGUUUUGGCUUGCCAGGCAAAUUAACCAUGAACCAUUAAGAAACAACACUGUAUUAUCCAUCCCAAAGGAAUAAUAAACUUUUUUCUUCUUCUUCUUUUUUUUUUUUUUUUAAAUAAAUGGUCUGUCAGAACUGAAGC